AGACUCGGUAUCAGUUGUGACCCAAAUAUCAUAAAAGCCCUUUCCAUUUUCAUGCACUCCUCUUUUUCUAAUUACUUAUUACACUUCUCACCAUCUUCCCUUCCUAUUUGUUUUUCUAUUUUCUUCCCAUUUAAUUUAAUUCAUUUCUCAUCUUCACUUUGAAAAUCAAAUCAGUAGAUCUGAUUUACAAAAAAAAAAAAAUUAUGUAUCUUUUUUAUUGAGAAAUUUGGCCCAAUAACCAUAAAAAAUUAAAAUUAAGAAACUAACCAAACUUCCUCCUCUCUCUAUUCCUUAUCAUUCCUAUACUUCUCUAUAGCUUAUGGUUAAUUUCUUAGUUUUAGUUUGUUUUUUUGGUCAUUUCACCAAUUCAUCCUUUAAUUUAAUUCUUUUUGUCUAUUUCCUUCCCAUUUAUUUCAUUUUUGAAGCUGUAAAAAAUAAUUUAUUCUUACAAAAUCAAUCAUAAGAUCUGGUUUUCCAACAGUUUAUUUGUUUUUUCUGUACUUUUAAUUUUGAACACAAAAAGUACUUUUAAUUUUAAUUUUGUUAAUACUCUCUAUAUUUCUCCUUCUUCUUCACGCCGCCUACCAAAUAUAAACACACUCUCUCUAUCUGUAGCUUGCAUUCUCUUUGCAUUUUCCUCUCAGUUGUUUUUAUCUUUUCACUGUUCUCUCUUCUUCUUCUUGUUUUUUUGUUUCCUCUUUCAGAAACAAAAUUGUUUUCUUUUUAUAUUUUGGUUUUUAAUCUUUUGUUUCCCUUCCUCUCUUUGCGUGUGUGAGAUUUUUUUCCUCCCUUCAUCACCUUUUGCCGAUUGGUGAUUUUAUAUGUUAAUCUUGCUUCUUCAUCCUCACUGGUAAACACCAAUCUCUCUCACAUUGUCUUCACUGAGAUUUUUAUCAUCCACUGUCUCAGGAGUAUUGUUCACUGAUCGUCACAACUUGGACUUGAAAGUUUGGAACUUCUCGGUGUGUUGAGUGUACUAAUCAUCGAUCUUGAGGAUGGGUCAUAGAAGAAGAAAUGAGCCAGAGUUUGAUGAGUUUGAGAAGCUUCUUGGAGAGAUUCCAAAAGUUACUUCAGGAAACGACUUUAGCCCUUUCCCUAUGUGUUUUAGCUCAAGAAGAUCAUCACCAUCCAUAAUCCAAGAUCUUCCUGGUGGCCUCUCUGCAUUUGCUGAAGGAAACUUAAACUUUGGAACCCCAAAUCAAACUCUGGAGUACCCCCAUGAUACGUUCACUCCUUCUUACAACUCUCCAAGUAGCUCACCUUUUGUGUAUGACAAGUUUGAUUCAAGAAAACUCGAUCCACAAAUGUUUAGGAAGCUGCAACAUGUUGGUUACUUUCAGAAUGCUCAGCCGCAGCCUCACAAUCACGCUUUGGAUCAUCAGUCUCAUAUCAACUGGAGGAGUAACGAAGAAGGGAGGAUGAAUCUGCAAGAAGAACACUACAUGUCUCUGAACCCUCAUUGCCUCUACCUUUACAACAACAACCCUUUGAUGGAAACUCCUCCAAGACGGGACCAUUUCGAUUAUCACCGAGCUCAAGAUGGUGAUGAAAGCCUGAGGAGUUUGGAUGGGGUGGUAAGGAAGAGAAUGUACUAUCCAGAGAAGAUCCUUAUGAGAUCAAACACCGCUAAAGUCAUAAACUACGGUGCUGGAGAUGAUGAUACACAAAGCGGAAGAAGACUUUGGUUCAACGAAGAUCUUGCAGUGAGCCUCAACAACUUGACAUUGCAACAACCUCCAAAGUAUAACUCUCCUGCAGAGACAAAAGCGAAGAUAUAUCACAUGGCCAAAGAUCAGUACGGUUGUCGCUUCCUUCAGAGAAAAUUUGCUGAGGGAGAUGGUAAAGAUAUCGAAAUGAUCUUCAACGAGAUCAUUGUCUAUAUAAGUGAGCUUAUGGUAGACCCUUUUGGCAACUAUCUAGUUCAGAAGCUGCUUGAAGUAUGCAGCCAAGAUCAGAGGAUGCAGAUUGUUCAUUCCAUUACUAGAAAACAAGGAGUGCUUAUCAAAAUCUCUUGUGACAUGCAUGGGACUAGAGUUGUUCAAAAGAUGGUUGAAACGGUUAAGAGACAAGAGGAGGUUUCAAUGAUCAUGUCUGCUUUGAAGCAUGGCGUUGUGAGUUUGAUAAAGAGUGUAAACGGUAAUCACGUUGUUCAACGAUGCUUGCAGUAUCUGUUACCUCACUGCGAGAAGUUUCUUUUUGAAGUAGUGAUUGCUCACUGUGUUGAUCUUGCAACUGAUCAACAUGGAUGUUGUGUUCUUCAAAAAUGUAUUGGCUAUUCCAAGGGAGAACAAAAGUACCACUUAGUCACUGAGAUUGCCUCCAAUGCUCUACUCCUCUCUCAACACCCUUUUGGGAACUACGUUGUUCAGUAUGUUCUUGAGCUACAACUUCAAUGGGCUAUCAACGGGAUCCUAGAGCAGCUAGAAGGGAACUACACCGAGCUAUCCAUGCAGAAAUGUAGCAGCAAUGUAGUUGAGAAGUGUCUGAGACUAGCUGAUGACAAACACCUAACUCGUAUCAUCAGAGAACUCGUAAACUAUGGUCUUCUUGACCAAGUUAUGUUGGAUCCUUAUGGAAACUAUGUCAUUCAAGCAGCUCUAAAAAGGUCCAAGGGGACUACUGCUUAUGGUCUUUUGGUUGAUGCUAUUAAGCUUCAUGUACCAUCUCUACGUACCAAUCCUUACGGUAGAAAAGUCCUAUCUGCACUUUGCUCGAAGAAGUAAAAUCAGCAGUUGCAGAUUUGUAGCAAAAGUUGAUGUGUUGUUGUUGUUGCUUGUUGGUCAAGUUACCUUGUAAAAUGUAAUGUGUAAUAAGGAAGCGUAGUUCGCAGGUUUAUGGUUUAAAGAUCCAAAGAGACAAAAGAUUCAGAAUGGCUUGUUUUGUAAUCUGAUCUUACAAUCAAUCUUUGUUUUGUAAUCUGAUCUUACAGUCAUCUUUGUUCUGUAGUAUCGAAUUAAAUAUUUCUUA